UUUUUACAUUUACUUGUUCAAUUUAAUUUAAUGUCGUUCAUUGUUAUUACGUUAAUUUUAUUACUAUAAAUUUGGUAAUAAGUAUCUAGAAGCAUUCAUUUGUUAUUGAACUAUUUUUGCUAUUUAUUUAUUCCAUAUUUUAAACUAAAAAAAUUAAAAUAAAUAUGGCAAUUCCUAAUUUAGCAGCCCGAGGCUCUACAGGUUUAAAUUUAUAUCAGAGUCAAUCACCAUAUGACCCAGUCUCUACAUUUCCAUUGGAUAACUCAUCAACAUUUAAGUUUAUGUUGUUCAGUCCAAAUGGAAAACAUUUUGCUUGGAUAAAUAAUUCCAAGGUUGUAAUUGCUAAGACUUCUGAUUGGAAAACUAUUGCUGAAGUCGACUAUCCAAAAGCUGCACAAUUAGCAUAUAGCAGUAAAGGAACUUAUUUGACUGUUUAUGAGCCGUUUAUGACUACACCAAGUAAUCCAAAAGGCAGUCCUAAUGUGCACAUUUUAAAAACAGCUGAUGGUAAACUAGUGAAAAGUUUAGAAUACAGAGAUUAUAAACUUUGGACUCCACAGUGGUCUUCUGAUGAAAAAAUUUGUGCUCGAUUUUUGAAUGGCGAUGUUUUAUUUUAUGAGAAUUCUAACUUUGAUAAUAUUGUACACAGAAUUAAAGGACUUAAACUCAAUAACUACUCAAUAUCUCCAGGAAAUCAACCACUUAAUAUUCUUUGUUUUAUUCCAGCUAAAACUGGCCCUUCAAAUGGGCGUCUAUUUCAAUAUCCAGAUUUUAGCACUAUUGUUGCUAAUAAAAGUUUUUUUCAGGCUGAUAGAGUAGAAAUAUUUUGGAACCAAAAAGGAACAGCAUCCUUAAUGUUAACAAGUACCGAUGUAGACAAAACAGGAGCAUCAUAUUAUGGUAAACAAGGUUUACAUCUAAUUACUUCAAAAGGAGACACUUCUCAGGUUAUAGUGAAUAAAGAAGGACCUUUAUAUAAUGCUGCUUGGAGUCCAUCUUCAAAUGAAUUCUGUGUUAUUUAUGGUUUCAUGCCAUCAAAAGCAACUUUAUAUAAUUUAAAAUGUGAUGUAGUGAUGGAAUUUGGAACUGGAACCUUUAAUGCAGUUUAUUACAAUCCAUUUGGAAAUAUUCUUCUCUUGGCUGGGUUUGGUAAUGUGCAAGGAAAUGCAGAAUUAUGGGAUAUAAAUGGAAAGAAAAAGAUUAAAAAAAUAGAAAUACCAGAUACUACAUUUCUUCAAUGGUCUCCAGAUGGUCAACAUUUUGUGACAGCUACAACAGCACCAAGACUAAAAGUAAGUAAUGGCUACAAAAUCUGGCACUAUAGUGGUGCAUUACUACAUGAAAAACCUUGGGGAAAAGGUGAAUUAUAUCAAGUUGUUUGGCAAAAUUAUCCUCAAGGUACUUUCAAAACACCCAACAUAGUUCACAAAGCUGUUGAAGGAAUUGUUUCUAGUCAACCAAUUGCAUCUAAACAAGUUUAUCGUCCACCACAUGCUCGGAACACUGAUUUUAAACCUACUAGUUUACAUGAAGAUUCAUCAUUAGAAACAAAAAACCAAUCAAAAGCAUAUUUAAAGAUGAAAAAGAAACGAGAAGCUAAACGACAAGCAAAACAGCUCCAAGAUGAAGAGAACUCAAGCAAUGAUAAGCAAAAUGCUAUAAAAAUAAUUGAGGAACCCAAAGAUAACGAAAAACAAUUAAGGAUUAAAAAGAUUCAAUCUGAUUUAAAAAGUAUCAAUCGUUUUAAAACUUUACAAUCUUCUGGUAAAGAAUUGGAUUGUAACCAAUUAGCAAGAUUAAAACUUGAAAAUGGCUUAUUAGCUGAACUUAAACAACUACAGAUGUAGAGAAAAAUAUUAAAUUUAAUAAAAGAAACAAAUGUAAUACUUAA